UCGCUUCUCCCUUGGCGGCGCGGGCUGCGCGGCGCCCUUCCCCGGCCGGGCGGAGAAGCGAAAGCGGUCGGUCCUCGGCGGGGCCGCUCCGGGCUCAGCACGUCCGGCCCGCGCGGCGGCCCCCGGUCCGGCCCGAGCGGCAGCGGAGCGGCGCGCCCCGCCGGGAUGUUCGCGGCCGGGCUGGCUCCCUUCUACGCCUCCAACCUCAGCCUCUGGUCGGCCGCUUACUGCGCCUCGGCCGGCCCGGGCGGCUGCUCCUUCGCCUUGGAUCCCGCCGCCGUCAAGAAGCCCUCCUUCUGCAUCGCAGACAUCCUGCACGCCGGCGUGGCGGAGCCGGCGGCGGCUGCCGAGGGCCUGGCGGGGGCCGCCGCCCUCACGGCGCACUUGGGCUCCCUUCCCCCGCACGCCUCUUUCCAAGCUGCGGCCAGAUCCCCGCUUCGGCCCACCCCGGUGGUGGCGCCCUCCGAAGCCCCGGCUGGCUUCCCGCAGCGGCUGUCCCCGCUCUCGGCCGCCUACCACCACCCGCAGCCGCCGCCGCCCCGGGCCGGCGCCCUGCAGACCCCAGCUCCGGGGACGCGAGUGGCUCCCAACCCCCGUCAUAGCGGCUCGGGCCCGGCCCCCUCCAGCAAAGACCUCAAAUUUGGAAUCGACCGCAUUUUAUCUGCAGAAUUUGACCCUAAAGUCAAGGAAGGCAACACGCUGAGAGACCUCACGUCCUUGCUAACCGGUGGGCGGCCCGCGGAGGUGCACCUCCCCGGCCUGCAGCCCUCCGCCGGCCAGUUCUUCGCCUCCCUGGAUCCCAUUAACGAGGCUUCUGCCAUCCUGAGUCCCUUAAGCUCGAACCCGAGAACCUCAGUUCAGCAUCAGUUCCAAGACACGUUUCCAGGUCCCUAUGCUGUGCUCACGAAGGACACUAUGCCGCAGACAUACAAGAGGAAGCGCUCGUGGUCGCGCGCUGUCUUCUCCAACCUGCAGAGGAAAGGCCUGGAGAAAAGGUUUGAGAUUCAGAAGUACGUGACCAAGCCGGACCGAAAGCAGCUGGCGGCGAUGCUGGGCCUCACAGAUGCACAGGUUAAGGUGUGGUUCCAGAACCGGAGGAUGAAGUGGAGGCACUCCAAGGAGGCCCAAGCCCAAAAGGACAAGGACAAGGAGGCGGGUGAGAAGCCUUCAGGCGGAGCCCCGGCUGCGGAUUGUGCACGGGAUGAGAGGAGCCCCAGCCGCUCUGAAGGCGAGGCUGAGAGCGAGAGCAGCGACUCCGAGUCCCUGGACAUGGCCCCUAGCGACACGGAGCGGACUGAGCGGCCUCUGCACCAAACAGCAGUUAUCAGGCCUCCCACCGGCGUCCUCACCACCGCCGGCAGUGGUGGGAGUGGUGGCAGCGCCGGGGGCAGCAGUUUUAGCUUCAGCAGCGCUGGCGCCCUCAGUCGCAGCAGCACCAGCGCGGGGAGCGCCGGCAGCAGCAGCGCCUCGGAGCUGCUCCCCGCGCCCCAGCCCACAGCCAUGAGCACUCCCUUGAGCCCGGAGCCCGCUCCAGCCCCGCUUGGCGGUUUAUAGGCUAGACUAAGGGCAGGAGACCCGAGCCCUGCGUGCAGCCGCCUGUGGGUGGAUUUUUUUGUCUACUUUAUUUUGGCGGCUGGGCCGGGUGGGGGACACAGCGGGGAACGUCUUUCCCGACGUUCACACGUUGUCCCUCGCCCGUCAGUGCCCUAGCUGGCUGCAGCCCAUACGGCCCAGAGCAGAGGGGACUCUGUGUCCCUUUGCCAAAGGCUCCCAUCGCCAGUCGAACACUAUUCCUUGGAUACAAGCAGCUCUCCUUGCACUGGGAAGUGUUAGAGGAAACCAUACUUCCUGGCACUUGGGGUUGUGGCGCAAAGGGGUGCUGCACUUAGGAAGCCUUAAACUUGUAAAUAAAAUGUUUAUUACAGUUUGUAAA